UUCCACCACGUCACACACGUUGAUGCGAGGCAAAGUCAGAAAAUUCAGAAGGCGCAAGAGAGGCUACGGCGGAGGAACUGGAAUGCAGGUCAGCCUGACAACAUUGGAAAUGAAGACUGCGGUUCUAUGUCGGGUAUGUCGGGUGCCUGGAACGACACUGACUGCAAAGUGAAUCAACGCUACAUCUGCGAGCGAAGUCUCUGUGAGACAGGCUGGCUGGGCUACCAGGACAAUUGUUACUACUUCUCCAAGAUUGGGGAAAGAAAAUCGUGGUAUGCGGCCAGAGCCUACUGUCGGGAAAAGAAUGCCCACUUGGCAAUCAUUCGGGACAUCAAUGAAAGAACCUGGGUGGAAUCACAACUUGGUCACACUGGUUACUGGAUUGGUCUGACAGACAUGUCAGGUGAGGGAAAGUGGACGUGGCUCGAUGGAACUCCUUUGAAAAAAGACCUAGCGAACUGGCGUCGGGGUGAGCCUAACAAUAGAAAGGGAAAUGAGGACUGUGGUGAGAUAGCACCAGGUGGCUGGAAUGACCAUAGUUGCAGACGGAGACGAGGCUACAUCUGCAAGCGCUACUAAAAUGAUGAUGAGUUUGGCACGGACAGUUUCUGCUUCACCGUCAACAAGAGAUACGAGGUGGACUUCAUCUAUCAGUACAAGCUACAACACAUCGAGGAACUGAUGGUGGAAAAGGAUGCAAUGCCCACAGAUGUCAAGCUGAUGUAAAUGAGAAGCAUUACUUUGUUUACGAAAUUUGGAUAUGACUUUACUUCUGAUUAAUGUUAAAGUUUUUAUCAAGUUUGACUUUGUGCAUCUUUUGAGUUUCUGUAACUGUAAUACAUGAAAUAUGUUUGAAGAGAAGUCUGAAAUCAUGCAAACACUGAGAAACAUCUUAUCCCGAUAUAACAAUAAACUCUUUUUCAC